AUGACAUCCUUUUAUAAAGUGCAUCAGUCAUCGACAACAAACUCAUCACCACAGUCUGCACAUCCCAAGCACAAGGUUGGAGACUACAAAACUCGACUUCCUCUCACGGCCUUGUUGUUGCCAGUUCCUGCUCGGUUCUACAAUGUGAUUCUUCCAUCCCCGUCAACAGUAACGUCUUCUUCAGCAAUGAUCACAGCAGCAGGUUUGAACAAUAGUAACUCCUCUGAAUGCUCUUCCACGAGAACAUCGUGCAACGGAGGAGAGCAUUCCUCCACAAGAUUAGCUUCUCCCAACAAUGAACAGCAACGAUCCUCUAUAGCUCUUUCAAAUGCUAUUCUGCAAGACAUGACAUCGUCCUCCUCUUACAACUCUCGGUGGUCUCUCAAUUUGCCUAAUCCAACUGGAGCGAGUUAUUGCUCAAUGGCAGAACAUCGACUUCUUUUAGAGGCCAAGUGGCGGCAAUCCAAUAGAGUUUUACGUGUUGCUACAGAAAGUUUGGCAUCCAAUAAUGACUCUGAAGCGUUCGCAACAAGCACCAACCAGAAUAGUUGUUGUAGUUGCAGUAGUGAUGGUAGCAACGUAUCCUUUAAUGAAAGUGAUAAAAUUGGAACGUUGAGUAGUAAUGAGAUUCCAUCUCAAGGACAAGCAUCCUUUAGAGGUGUUUCAAGUAAGAGUAUUGAAAAAGAGGAGUCAACAUUUGGUUCAGUUGAGGCAUUACGAAAUAGAUAUUUGGAUUUUGUGAAGCUGUAUGGAAAAGAGAAUAAGAAGCGAUCAACUCCAGAUUUGGAUGUUGACUUUGAAGUUAAACUAAUGUUUUUAGAUUAUGUUUAUGACGGACCAUUGAGAAAACCCUCUAAAAAUUUGAAAGAUAUUCCUACCGUGAUGAAUGCGUUGGAAACUUAUUGUCACAAUGUCGUUUUUAACUAUGAUGGAUGGCAUUCAUGGAGUGAAAAUUCUGAGGAGCCAUACCCCUAUUUGAAAUAUGUAGUGGAGAAGCUUAUUCCAAAGAAAUAUUCAUGGUUUAGUCAUGACCGAUUUUCAAAAUUCCUCAAAGAUAGAUACGAAAAUAGCGUGACAAAUUCAUACCCUCCUCUUAGGUCAGAUGAAAUUCAUCUUCAAGAGACAAAUAACCUGUCAAUAUCUCCCAGAAGCAUUCCAAAUACCAAUCAAGAGCAAACAACAACCCAUCCAGAACCAAAACAAAUUGUUGUAGGAAUAUUGGAAGAAAUCCACAUGUUGUGUGACAUGUUCUUCUAUGAUUUAGAGGAUUUGUUUGUGUUGUUCCAGGAAAAAUAUCAGGGUUAUGUUCAUCAUUGGGUGGAAGUUGGACUUAAGAAUGAUCAUUUACCACUCCAUGUUAUUGAGGUGUAUAGAAAAAAAUUGGAGUACAAUGAGUCCAUGCAAUCACAGAUUACUAUUGACUCUAGUGAUUUUGUGUCAACAAACAUUAUCGAUAAGGAUUGGAAAUUCUUGAGAUAUCUCAGCAAGGAGUAUUCUCCAGAUUGGUACGUUUCGUAUCAAGAUAAACGAGGAAGCGUCAUACAGUGGACGACAAAGAAAGACUACUCAACCGAUAAUCAAAAGCUUAGAACAGCCAAGGUGAUUGACUAUUAUAAUUUACCAAUUCAAGAUGUUGUCAAAGCGUUUUGUUAUGACAGUCACUUUUCUAAUGUGCUAGAGGAUGUGAAAUAUUUUGACUACAACCCCAUUAAUUUUUCGAAUUCUCACCAAAAAUAUCCUUCCACGACCUUGUCUGGAAUAUUCAACAUGAAACUCUUUUCAAAGAAACCUAUUGAAAUGGUUCUCUCUUCAAAAACAGCUUUUGUUGGAAGUGAGCUAACAGAAUACAUGCUCAUGUAUCGUUCAUGUGAAAUACCUGCUUUAGAUGGCCAUCUAAAGAAAAAAAACAAACCAAAGUACAUGGGCCUCCGAUUCAUUACAAAGAUUGAUACGAACAGAACGAGAUGUGUUGAAUUGAGAUGCGGAAAUGUUGGUGGAGUGGCUAAUGCUAGUUUUAUUGUCAACAACCCACUGAUAAACAAGAAACUCGCCAAAACCGUCAGUACAAGUUUAAAACGCCAUUUAGCUCAAGCACAACAAGAGGGCUUUCCGUUCCCAGCUCCUGAAAACAAUCUUGCAAAAGUUUGGGUGGAUUAUUGCAAACAGUAUUGCAAUAUUGACGUGAGAGAGUUGUUUGGAAACUCAGCAUCUAACUCUACGUCAACAUGCUCACAAUCCAGUGAGAAAAAGGUUGAUGAAACCAAAAACUUGCCCUCGCUAAUACAAGUGUCAGAGGAGUCCUCAAGCAAGUCAAACACCAAAGAACUUGAACCAAUUAGAGUUAUUAAUUCUUCGAGAGUAAUUACAUAUAAUUAG